AUGAGCUACUACUUCGCCAUCAUCGGCACCCAGGACAAUCCUCUCUUCGAGUAUGACUUUGGUACCAGCAAACAAGGCGGCGACGGCAUGGCGCGCUUCACCGAACAAGCGCGACAGCUUAAUCAGUUUAUCAUCCACAGCAGUUUGGACAUAGUCGAGGAGGUUCAAUGGACUAAUGGGCAGAUGUACCUAAAACUAGUCGACCGCUUCUUCACCUCCUACAUCUCAUGCUUCCUAACCGCCUCCAACAUCAAAUUCCUUCUCCUCCACCAACCCCCCUCCUCUUCUUCGUCAGGUCUCCCCGCCUCCUCGUCAGGAGCCUCAACCCUCACCUCUAGCAGCACCACAACCCUAGGCCAACACCCACCAUCAUCAACCUCCACCUCUUCGCUAUCCGUAAUCCCUUCCUUGUCCACCCUCACCGGCGGCGGCGGCAACUCCAGCACCAUUACCUUAACCGGUGGUGCAAGCCGAACCUCGACGUCGAUAGCAGCCAACCCGACCUCUCCCCAGACCGAGGAAGCGAUACGGAAUUUCUUCGCCGAGGUGUAUGAGAAUUACGUGAAAGCCAUCAUGAGUCCGUUUUACAAGACCAACAUGGAGAUUCGGAGUCCCGUUUUUAGGGCGAGGGUGGCGGCUGCGGGGAGGAAGUAUUUGUAG